UGCCAUAGAGGGAGAGCCUGAUGUGGCGACGGGAGGACUGAGAGUGAGGGUGUGUGUGUGUGUGUGUGUGUGUGUAAAUAGAGAGAAUAUGUGUGGAGGUGGAGUAUAAGGACCUUAUGGAGGAGGGAGUGAAAGUGAAAUAGAGAGAGAGAGAAUGUGUGGAGGUGAGAUAAGGUCCCUGUGGCAGUGAGGAGGAAGGGAGAAAGAGAGAAGAAUGAGUGAAUGGAUGCAUAUAAGGGGAGAGGGGGAGAAGAAGGGAACAGAAGAGAGAAAAGUGAAUGAAUAUGUAGAGGUGAGAUGUAAGGGCCCUAUGUAUAUAUGUGUGUGUGAAGGAGAGACAGAAACAGAGAGAGAAAAUAGGAAUGAAUGAAUGAAUGAAUGAAGGGUGGAGUGGAGGUGUACAGCUUCUCUCUGUAUGGGCUGCUGACUUUCCCUGGGCUUUGAGGUCGGGGACUGGCUGGAAGUAGGGUACUAGUAAAGUAACAAGACAAAGUACAUAAGCUACAAGGGAAGGAGGAAGAGGAGAAAACUAUGGCAUCCAUAGGAGGCUUCCGCCAGCUGUUCUCUACCCUAGAGCUGGCCCCUCACAUCUGUGUGGUAGGCAGUGGCCCAGCUGGUUUCUAUACAGCCCAACACCUGCUGAAGCACCAUCCUCAGGCUCAGGUGGACAUCUAUGAGAAGCAGCUGGUGCCCUUUGGUUUGGUCCGCUUUGGAGUGGCUCCCGAUCACCCGGAGGUGAAGAAUGUUAUCAACACCUUUACCCAGACUGCUUAUUCCCCUCGAUGUGCCUUCAGAGGCAAUGUGACUGUGGGAAGGGACGUGUCCGUGUCGGAGCUUCAGGAAGCCUACCAUGCUGUUGUGUUAAGCUAUGGGGCAGAGGAUCACCGGACCCUGGGCAUUCCAGGUGAGGAGCUGCCGGGUGUAAUCUCUGCCAGGGAUUUUGUGGGCUGGUACAACGGGUUACCUGAGAACCGUAAGCUGGCACCUAACCUGAACUGUGAUACGGCAUUGAUUCUGGGACAAGGGAAUGUGGCUCUGGAUGUGGCUCGGAUCCUAUUGACCCCAACAGAGCUCUUAGAGAAAACAGACAUCACUGCCGAAGCGCUGAAGGUGCUGAAACAGAGCCAAGUGCAAAGGGUGUGGAUUGUGGGCCGCAGGGGCCCCCUGCAGGCAGCCUUUACCAUCAAGGAGCUCCGGGAGAUGAUUAACCUACCUGGGAGCCAGCCUCUUUUGGACCCUACAGAUUUCUCAGGUCUGGAAGAGUUGAUCAAAGAGGCUCCCCGUCCAAGGAAGCGGCUGUUGGAGCUUCUGGUACGAACAGCACUGAAGCCACCAGAGGCCAAGGGGGCUGAUAGGAGAGCUGAGACUCCUCGAACCUGGGGCCUCCGCUUCUUACGCAGUCCUCAGAAGGUGCUGGCCUCUCCAGAUGGAGGUCGAGUUGCUGGGAUCCGCCUGGAUGUCAUGAGACUAGAGGGCUCUGGUGAGAAUGCCCAAGCAGUGCCCACAGGGGCAGUGGAGGAUGUACCAUGUGGACUGGUGCUGAGCAGUGUUGGUUACAAGAGCCAUCCAAUUGACCCCACUGUACCCUUUGAUCCCAAGCUUGGAAUUAUCCCCAACAGUGAGGGUCGUGUGUUGGGUGCACCAGGUCUGUACUGUAGUGGCUGGGUUAAGCGAGGGCCCACGGGUGUUAUCGCCACCACCAUGAAUGACAGCUUCCUUACUGGCCAGGCCCUGCUCCAAGACCUUGAGGAGGGAGUGCUGCCCUUAGGCCCCAAGCUUGGCUACGCCAUCAUAGAGCCCCUACUCAAGAAUCGAGGGGUCCAGCCUGUCUCUUUCGAGGACUGGGAGAAGCUGGAUGAUGAAGAGGUGGCUCAGGGCCAGGCAGUUGGGAAGCCCCGAGAAAAACUGGUGGAUCCACAACAGAUGCUACGAAUAAUAAGACACUGAGUCUUCAGAUCUGACUUGGGCCAGAGUGUGACAGGGCCAAAUUCAGGGGUGGGAGUGAUCCAGUAACAUGACCUGGCCUGGGCUGGACCAGAGAAGGGACAAGGAGGGACAAAGGACAGUUUGCCCUAGAGUUCUGUGCUCACUGUACCUGGCUGCCCCCACCCCUCUUUCUCAGGGGGUCCCUGGCCUAUGCCACUGCCUCCAGUGCCCUUUUGAGCAACUUCUCUGCCUCCCUCCCUCCACUGUUUUUUGUUUUUAGCAUGUUCUGUUUUAGCUGCUAGCGUUUGGAUCACUUUAUGUUGGGGGAGGGCAGGUCAGAGAUCUGAAGCCCCAGAAGCCUCAGUUUACAUUUGUGCUCUAAACCAGAGCAUAGAUGCCCACUGCCGUCCUAACUCAUCCUUCAUCUGACAUGUCUCAGUGGGCCACAGGUAUCAGAAACCAAGGUGGAAGUAAAGAACUGGAAUAAAAGUCUUAGGAGAAAUAAAGAACUGUGUUAGUGA